AGGACGAAGUAGCCCUUGGGCCGUUUGGCCCGAUAUCUGACUUUCAUUUCGACAGUGUUUCAUCUCUCUCUCUUUCAGCAAUUGCACCCCAGAAAAAAAAUUAUAUAAAUAAGACACAGUUUCCACUUUCCAUGCUUGAACUUGAAUAGCUUAUCGAGCCUGCUACAGAGACAGAAAGAGUAACUUUGGGAAAAUGGGUUAUAUACAGGAAGCACGUGAAAAUCAUGUGAAGAAGAAAGUCGAAGAAGCAUUAAGAAGCAAAAUGAAGCAAAAGGCUUUAAAAGAAUGUGGUGAAUUAACUUCAAAGUAUGCACAAUGUGCCUCUGGAAGAACACUUUCUGUUGUUUGGCAGUGUCGUAAACAGGCUAAAGAAUUGAACAAUUGCCUACAUCAGUUCACGAAUGAUGCCGUCUUGGAAGAGAUGAAGAGAGAAUACAUACUUCAACAAGAUGACAAGGGCUCUCUGUGAGAACCUAAGCAAACUUCCCUCAAUCCAUUGUUUUUCUUAUUAAGAGAGCAUUUAAAUAUGAAGUACAAAUUUAUGGAAGUUUAUUCUUUUUAGUGAUGCAUAUGCAUGAAAGUUGCUUUUUUUAUUUGCCAUUGUAAAGUGGCUCAGCAACAGGUCGCCGGUUAUAAAUGUUAAAAUUUUAUGUUGUGCUUGUUAUAGUGAUGUUGAAUUUAAUAUGAAGGAUUAGUAGGUUUUUGCUUUUUCUAUAUUUCCUCUAUUAUCUCUUAGAGAUUGCAGGAGUUCAGAACUUUGUUAGACGGAUAAGUUGGAAAUAGGAUGUAUUGAAUAAAUGAUCGUGUACUGUA